UCGCGUUGCAUUGUGGGAUAGCUCUCAGUGUUUGCCUCGGUUGAUCAAGAUGGCCGCGAAUAUUUUGUGGAGGGGCUGGAGCUGAAUUGACGCCACACUCUGAGCGACUGUGAUGUUGAGAGUCCGGAUUUGUUGGCCCGCGUCAAAGCACCCGCAGAAGAUUGCUACCUGACCAACUUUUGGUCUUCUUGAGUUUAGUGCUGUAGAAGAGUGUGAUAUUGGACACUUCAAACAAGUCUAAUGAAGCGAGCGGCUGCAAAGCAUUUAAUUGAGCGCUACUACCACCAGUUAACAGAGGGCUGUGGAAAUGAGGCCUGCACGAAUGAGGCUUGUGGCUCUUCUCCGGGUUUCCAGCGCAUGGAUAACAAUGCAGCGGCCAUCAAGGCCCUGGAGUUGUAUAAGAAUAACGCCAAACUGUGUGAUCCUCAUCCCUCUAAGAAAGGAGCCAGUUCAGCCUUCCCAGAGAACAGUGCCAAAGGAGCUCACAAUUUCUCUGCGUGCAGCAACGGGAAGAUGAACCAUAAGGACCUGCCACCCUCGAGGGAGGACUUUAGAGAUCUGAAUUACUUGACUGAAGAGAAGGUGUACGAAAUCCUGAGCAUCUGCAGUGAGACCGGGGACUAUUCUCCUCUAAUCCGAGUCAUCGGUAGGGUUUUCUCCAGCGCCGAGAGUCUGGUCCAGAGUUUCCGUGAGGCGAAACAACACACCAAGGAGGAGCUCAAGUCCCUCCAGGCCAAGGAUGAAGACAAGGAUGAAGAUGAGAAAGAGACGGCCUCCGGCUCAUCCACAGCCAUGGAGGUUGAACCCGAGGCCUCUGCGUCAAGCUCAGACGGGUCAUCUCACGGGGAAAACAACGUUCAAAAGUUGGACCGUGUAGAAGUUUCUGUAGACAUUGAUGCAGUAAGAAGAGUGUACGAAAGACUGUUAUCGAACGAGAAGAUCGAAGCGGCAUUCCUCAACGCGUUAGUCUACUUGUCGCCCAAUGUUGAAUGUGACCUCACCUAUCACAAUGUGUACAACGCCGACCCUAAUUACCUGAAUGUCUUCAUUAUCGUCAUGGAGAACAGUAACCUCCACAGUCCAGAAUACCUAGAGAUCGCCCUCCCGCAGUUCUGCAAGGCCAUGAGCAAGCUACCUCUUCCUGCUCUGGCCAAGCUGGCACGGUUGUGGUCACAAUACGGUGCAGAGCAUAUCCGUCGUCUGGUCGAGACCUUCCAACAACUUAUAACCUACACGGUCAUCAGCAACGAGUUCAGCAGCGACAACUUGGUAAACGAGGACGAUGGUGUGGUGGCGGCCACCAAGUGCUUGAAAAUUGUCUACUAUGCAAAUGUUCUGGGCGGCGACCUGGACACCGGUCACAACGAGGAGGAGGAAGAAGAACCGCUCCCGGAGUCCAGCGAGCUGACCCUGCAGGAGCUACUAGGGGAGGAAAGACGCAAUAAGAAAGGCCCACGCGUGGACCCCCUGGAGACAGAACUGGGCAUCCGUGCCUCGGAUUGUCGAAAGCCCCUUAUCUCCUUCGAGGAGUUUAUCAAUGAACCACUUAAUGAUGUGUUGGAAAUGGACAAAGACUACACCUUCUUCAAGGUGGAGACAGAGAGCAAAUUCUCCUUUAUGACCUGCCCGUUCAUUCUUAACCCUGUGACAAAAAAUCUUGGUCUGUACUAUGACAACCGAAUCCGUAUGUACAGUGAACGUAGGAUUACUGCCCUCUACAGUUUGGUGCAGGGACAGCAACUGAACCCCUAUCUGCGAUUAAAAGUGCGCAGAGACCACGUCAUAGACGAUGCACUUGUCAGGCUGGAGAUGAUUGCUAUGGAAAACCCAGCAGACCUGAAAAAACAACUGUACGUGGAGUUUGAAGGAGAGCAAGGAGUAGAUGAGGGAGGCGUAUCGAAAGAGUUUUUUCAAUUGGUUGUGGAGGAGAUCUUUAACCCAGAUAUAGGCAUGUUUACCUAUGAUGAAAGCACAAAACUUUUCUGGUUCAACCCUUCAUCUUUUGAAAACGAAGGCCAGUUCACCUUGAUAGGCAUCGUCUUGGGCCUAGCUAUCUACAAUAAUUGCAUUCUCGACGUGCACUUCCCUAUGGUAGUUUACAGAAAACUAAUGGGAAAGAAAGGAACGUUUCGAGACCUUGCAGACUCUCAUCCGGUUCUUUAUCAGAGUCUAAAGGAUCUCCAGGAGUAUGAAGGUAACGUAGAAGAAGAUAUGAUGAUUACCUUCCAGAUCUCACAGACAGACCUGUUUGGAAACCCACUCAUGUAUGAUUUAAAGGAAGGUGGUGACAAAAUUCCUGUUACCAAUGAAAGCAGAAAGGAGUUUGUGGCACUCUAUGCAGAGUACAUGCUGAACAAAAGUGUAGAGAAGCAGUUCAAAGCCUUCAGAAGAGGAUUCCACAUGGUAACAAAUGAAUCCCCAUUGAAGUAUCUGUUUCGACCGGAAGAAAUCGAGCUGCUUAUAUGUGGGAGCAGGAACCUUGACUUUCAAGCACUUGAAGACAGCACAGAAUAUGAUGGUGGAUACAACAAAGACUCCCACAUUAUUAGAGAUUUCUGGGAAACUGUGCACUCGUUUGGACCGGAGCAGAAGAGGCUGUUUCUACAGUUCACCACUGGCACAGACAGAGCUCCAGUUGGAGGCUUGGGCAAACUCAAAAUGAUUAUUGCCAAAAACGGUCCUGACUCAGACAGGUUACCCACCUCUCAUACUUGCUUCAACGUGCUGCUCCUCCCUGAAUACUCCACCAAGGAGAAACUUAAAGAGAGACUCCUUAAAGCCAUCACUUACGCCAAAGGCUUCGGCAUGCUCUGAGACACCAGGAUCAGCGAAAGAACUCGCUCGUUUGUCCGUCAAAGGAGAAAUCCGCUACAUCGACAACUUAAAGUAAAUAUCAAGUUUAACGUAAGCCAACGGAAAAACCGGUUAAAUUGGGAACGUUCUGGUGACCGUGUGCCUGUGCCUAAAAUAAUAGAUAAAACCACACUGGACUCUUGGCUCUCUCUCCCUCUUAUGUAAGUGUUAUGGUUCCCUUUUUGUAUGCACUGAGAUAUAGCAUUAUUUAUUUUAGGAGAUGAAAUCUCUUACGUCAUGUCUGCCAGGAAAUCAACUCGCUUUUUGGUUUCUCAUUCAAAGGAGGGACGGUUAAUAGUUUUCAAAACCUGCAGGACUGAUGGCCAUCUAUACUUAACAAAACAAAGAGAUCAAAGGGAGAAAGCGGAGGUUAUUGGUAUAUAAUGGUUGAACUGUGAAAGUGCACUUAACUCAAUAUUCAGAAUGUCUUUUAGGGUUUUUUUUUUUUCAUUUCUGCCCUUUAACGUUUUAUUUUGGCUCAUGUGUUAUAUAUAUAUAUAUAUAGGUCUUCCCUUAGGCUAUUGGCACUUGCAGCAAUGCUUUCAAAGGUACAGAGCAGCUCCAGUCUCAAUUUUGUUCAGGAAUCUGUAUUUAUUGAAGGACUGCAUUGUUUGUAAUGCCGAAUUGUGCUGCUUUUUUACGGCCAGUGUUUUACAUUUUACAUCAGAGCCUAUCUCUCGUUGUCUUUCUCUCUGAAUUGAUCUGUUAGCCACGUCGACCCAUCUCACGGUGCACUCCUGACAAAAACGAAUAGUGUUACAAAAGAUCUUCCCAUAAAACCUUGCAAAAGGUGUUUUAUGUUAUGUUGGUUUCUGUCUUGUUUUAAUUCAAGAUGGCAGACUUUUUAGUCAGCGUAAGCUAAUUGACAGUGCCCAAAUGGAAACAAAACUGUGUUUGUGUUUUAGUUGCUUUUGUUUUCGCUCCGCACAGUGUCUGGCCAAAAUUGCUAUACCGUUGGAUGAAAACGAGGGGAAUUGGCACAAAUCGUACCACUAUCUCGUGCCAAACACUGAUAUGCUCCGAAUCGCCGCUCCGGUUUGUCCAGGCAUAGCUGGAAACCCACUUUAGCAAUGCCAAUUUUUUUUUGUUUCUCCUCUUGCAUAUUAAAUGUGACUGUGGCUUGUUCCACUGCUGAUGGCGCUAACAUAAAAGGGGGACAUAGAACUUGAUAUUGAGAAUGAAAACAUUUGAUUGUUUCAAGUUAUUCUUAAAUAAAUUCAAAACUGAAAAACAA